GUGGUGUCUUGCACAGCUAAUCAAAACGCGCUGUUUCCUGCAAAUGCCGCCUAUUAUGUUGCUGCCUUGUUUACCCCGAGCCGUCUAGAUGGAUUGAUCUUUUCUUUUCACCAUGACAUUUCCCUUUUCUACUGCACUUUUCCUUUCCAGCCCUGUCGCUAUUGUCCGUAAGCUCCAUUAAGCGAUCUCAUGUCCGCGCUCAACAUCCCCGGUUCGCCAAAUGAUGGCGGCCAGGCUCUCGCAACGUCUGCCAGAGAGUUUCGAACGAAUCUUGAUGGCUUGUUCAUGUGGCUUCCGCCAUGUGGUGAAGUCAGUCCCGAAAACUCUCCCACCCUAGCCGGUUGCACCAAACGUCUUGACAACGGAGCCUACAAUCAUCCAGUAGUCAUCCUUUCCUCCACAGCUUCGGCGGGCGGCACUGUUUUAGUGCUUUUGAUGACCUCAUUCGGUGGCCAUACGCUCCAAGAUCGAAUUGCCGAAAAGCACAAGAAGGAAGCCGAGCGGUUGGCAGAGAGUCACAUACCCAUCGCGCCGCUUAAGCCUCACGGUCCCCAUAAUAUCGUCCUACACACCUCUGAAUCCCGCAAGCUGAAGAAGAACUGCUACAUCAACACCGAAAAACUCAUUUUGGUAAAACUUUCCGUGCUUCAAAGCUAUGGUUCUGGAACGAAGCAAACGCAGUCACAUUGGGCGAAGAGGUUACAGAAAUCAUCACUCAAGAUACUUCAACGUGCUUGCCUCAAGAACGGCGACUACCAAAUAACACUCUACCCGACUUUCCAGGCUCUCAAGCCCUCGCUCGGGGUCGGGCGAGCCGUCGCCGAUGAUCUCAGUCUCCGCCGAGUGGACAUGGUCUCCGAAAUCCGGUCGUUUGGUCCAGUGCAGCACCCGCGAUCAUCCGUGAAGCGACCACUGCUGCCAAGCGCCGGUGCACGCCACUAUUCAUACGCGAGCACCACUGUGCCGAAAGCCGCGUCUCAGUUGAGCAAAUCCUACCACCCUGCCCGACUCUACGGCAGAGGAGGCUACGGUACCGUAAAUGGCAGCCGGCAGUCACUUCCACGAUAUCGCUCAGACCGGGUCAGCAGUCGACUGAAUAGGCGCUAUAGUGAAUACUAUUAUAGCCACAGCUCUGAGUCGCCUCUCACACAGGAUGCAUCCGGAUCUUUGGCAUAUCUGCGAUGGGUCCUGUAUUAUCUUGCUUGCAUUUUACUGUGGAUUUUACGAGCCGGUUUGGCAACUGCAAAGCAUGUACCCUGGCGCCAAAUGCUUCCAUGGCUUUUCGUGCUAUGCAUGUAUGCUGGUAUUGGUUGCGCCAUCGACAUGCUCUGGGUUAAGGUCAAACAUACUUUCCAGGGCUAAAACACAGCCGGCAUACACUUGCAGCAAAAUCUUUUCUUUUCUUUAUAUCAAGUCGCAGCCUCGAUGAAUUCUUGUCGGUAUCACGCACGUCCACAUAUAACGUUAUAACGUGGUUCGUCAAUAAGCCUGUUGCCUGGUGCUAUUGCAGCUGCCCUGCCUGGCAGCCCAACCCAGUUGAACGUCCCCCACUUCUACCGUUGCCCGGCGACUGCAAAUCUGCCGCCACGUCAGAGUGCAGCCUCAACAAAGCACUCUUCAUUCGCGACAUGGCGCAAACGAAGUCUUGUCCGACAAACUCACCACAAUUGCUCUCCUUCUCUCCCACAUCGAUUUCGCGAUGCAGCGACAACCGUCUCUUCCAGACGUGCACUUCUCAACGCCACAUGACAAAAUACAUGCUUGGCUCGACGGCACCGGCCUCGACAUCGACUACAAUCCAUCUCCCAACACCAAGAAGCGCGCUUUCGACUCCGACACGCCGGGAUCGCCCUCCAAACGUCAGCGCACAGAUGGACUGCCUCCUGACAUGUUGAUUCUUUACGGAAACAUUUUGGACAUCAAUGACAACACUACUGCUUCCCAUAUUCGCUGAGCUUGGCGUGUCCGAUAGGGUUCGACUCAGCAGUGCCUGCCGUCGUCUUCGCCACCUCGGCGUGCACCAGGCCCGCGUAUUCGAAACACUUUCGGUCACCUGGGCCCGACAAAGCGUCGCGGACUCGGCUCUCCUGGUGGCUCAAAAGUACAGCCACACGGUUAAGACUCUCAGAGUAAUCCAGGAUCCUCCGGAAUACUGCCCUGAUAAGAAUUAACACAUGAAAAGGGACGUUCAGGAGCCGAUUCAAACGCUGCCUGACAGCUUUGUGACGCUGCUAGUAGGUCUAUCGGAAACAGAGAGUCCUUUGCUGCCCAAUGCCGAAAGCAUGGUCCUCGAAUUCCCUGAAGCCUAUCCUGAAUGUGGGAAUAACGGUGAUAGUCGCACUCGGUGGGCAUACAACCUUCAUCCAGGAAAACGGGCACCGGGCCGAGUCAGGCUCCGGGCGGCGAUUUCCGGAUGUCCAUGCAUUUUACGAUAGGGGCAUAGAUCCGGACCCGGAUCCAUGACAGCGAAGUACGCACGAGCUUCCGGCUUACAUAUAUAAGCCGCGGCGAGUGCCGCCUCGUUUUGCGAAUAAAGAAGAGGAAGACAGACCACUUUAGAUACCUUAGUUACCAAUACGACUAAGCGUCUACCCAGUCUCAUAAGCUUAUGAUGUGCCAC